AUGAGUCUUCAACAACCCGACAUGUAUUACGACAACCCGCCUGCGAGUCGCUCUCCCCAUGCGCAGCGUCACCAGCCUCAACUGCAUCGCCAGUCGUCGCGCCAAUUCGACUCGUAUGCUCAUCUGCCCUCGGGCCUCUAUGGCGCCGACGAUCAGCACCACCAGCAGCAGCAACGUUUCGAUGCUCCUCGCUACAAUGACAGAAUGGGCGCUCCUCCCAACAUGCAUCAAAACAUGAACCAGAAUAUGAACCAGAACAUGAACCAAAACUACGCUGGAUACGACAUGGGUGCUCAGAACUGGAACAGCGCCGCCUUUGGAGGAAACAACAACCCCAUCGGUGCCUUGGGUGCUUCCCAGCGCAGACGUGGCCCGCAGCAACAGGCCCCGAGAAACGGCCUCCCCUCUGCCUGGCUCGAUCAGCCUCAACCUAUGCCCCAAGUCUCUCCAUACCUUGGUCUUGGUGGAGGUGUCCUCGGUGCUCCCUCGAUCAGAUCGGAUCAGCUUGGAUCUGAGCCCGACGAGGAGCUCAUCCCUACCGCUAUCGUCAUCAAGAACAUUCCAUUUGCCGUCAAGAAAGAGCAGCUGGUUCAGUUGAUGACUGACAUGGGCCUUCCCCUCCCCUACGCCUUCAACUACCAUUUCGAUAAUGGCGUUUUCCGUGGAUUGGCUUUCGCCAACUUCACCUCGCCCGAUGAGACGGCCGCCGUCAUUGAUGCUAUGAACCACUUUGAGCUCCAGGGCAGAAAGCUGAGAGUCGAGUACAAGAAGAUGCUCCCUGCGGCCGAGCGCGAGAGAAUUGAAAGAGAGAAGCGUGAGCGCCGCGGACAGCUCGAAGAGCAGCACCGCCCUAUGGCAUCCCAGACUUUGCAGACUCAGACAUCCAUGUCCUCGCUUACCGGCCAUCUGCCUCCCGCCUCUCCUUCGCCCGUGUCGGCUGGAAAUGUUGGACUUGCUGUCGAUCUGAACAACCCUGACACCCUCAAGGUUUACUCGGAUCUGCUCAUUUUCAAGGAGGAUAAGAACAGAGAUCUGUUCAUCUUCCCCUCUAACCUGAGCCCUCCUCAGAGACGUGUCAUCCACACUAUUUCUCACCACAUGGGUCUUGCUCACAUCUCCAAGGGACAGGCUGACCAGCGCGCUGUCCAUGUCUACAAAGAAGCUCCCCGCCAGAGACUCAGCCCCCCUAUGCCUCAGAUCCAGGCCAUUCAGCAGGGCGAGACUCAAAGAAGAGGCCUCAACCGCGCUGCGACCACCGAUUUCACCGAUGUCCGCAACCAAGACGCUUUCUACAACCCUACUGGAAUCCGCCACCAACAAUCCGGUUAUCUUGCCGGCUUCCAGGACGCCCCCAGCACCCUUGCCGCAGGUCCCAACCUCCGUGCUGCCAAGUCUUUCGCUGACUUGCGCUCUUACACUCCUUCUCCUGUCCCUUCUACCGCCAGUUUCCCUGCCACUCUUGGCAACAAUGUCUCUCGCUUCGCCGAAUACGCUCGCGAGAAUGGUGGUACCCCUGCUAUCACCCCUACUGGUACCGCCGCACCUAUUGGUACCCGUGGAGAUGAGAGCAUGCUCGUCAAUGGACUCGGGAACAUGAACAUUGGCGGCCCUGCUGGUUUCGCUAGCAGCCCUCGUGGCCUUCGCGGUAUGAUGUCUUGGGACCGCGAAUCUAACCCAGGGCCUAUCGGUGGCCACCGCUCUUUCAGCACCAACAACACCGGCUACGAUGAGCAGCCCCGCGACCGCAACCAAGGUGCACCCUCCCGCCAGCCCCGCGGCCCUGUGCCCGAGCGUGGCUCCGGCUUCCCUCGUCGCAAUGGUCACAUGGCUCGUGGCAGUGAUGAACUGUCACAACAGUCCGGUGUCGAGAUCACUGUCGAGUAG